UUGCGUAUAAGUUGAAGCAUUAUUUAAGUAAAUUUAAAAUCCCUGACCCUAGCUUCCUGUCUGUGAGGAAUAAUCAUCUUGUAAUAAUGGUCUACCAGCUUGAACAAUGUUUUGACAAGUCUGUGUGUCGACGUUUUUUUUUUUUUCCCCAAAAAGCCAUCAUCUCAAAGUUCACCACGUUACCCUCAGUCACGUGGCGGUGUCGCACAUUGAUGAUGUCAGUAUGUUUGCCGAACUAAAGCAGUGAAACGGCACAAUCUAGUGCAGUGGGUUAGUCAACUCCCCAAACACACUUUCAUAAGUAAGGACGUUUCGGUUCACAGUUGUCCCGAGCCUUUGUGUGAAAAUGGACACUUAUUUAAGGAGCUGUCGGGACGUGCUGAAGGCUCACAUGAAGAACAGCUCUGGGCAACUCAAUGUUGUGCUGGGGAAUGAGGCAUGUGAUCUUGACUCCAUGGUGUCAGCCCUCACUUUUGCCUAUUUCCUUUCAAAGACUUUCGACUCUAGGAAAACAGCAGUGCCUGUGCUGAAUAUCCCACGAGCAGAAUUUCCCUUGCGCUCUGACUGUGCUUUCCUGCUGAGAGAGAGCGGACUGUCUCAGGACUACCUGCUGUUCAGGGAUGAACUGGAUUUGCACAGCCUGCAAAAUCUGGCCAUCACAUUAGUCGACCACAACAUUCUACCCGAGGCUGACAGGACACUGGAAGAUGCUGUAGUAGAAGUCAUUGAUCAUCAUCGUUUAGAAAGAACCCCAUCUCCUUUUUGUCCCAUCACCGCAGAGACUGUGGGCUCCUGUGCCACCCUGGUUACAGAGCGCAUUGUCCAGAAGGCGCCUGAGCUGCUAGACCAACAGGUGGCACAGCUCCUAUAUGGAACGAUUAUCACUGACUGUGUUAAUAUGGCACCUGAAGCAGGAAAAGUCACACCCAAAGACAGCCAGUAUGUCAUCCUUCUAGAGAGCCGUUUUCCUAAACUCCCACCUCGCAGCAUCCUCUUUCAGUCUCUACAGAAUGCCAAGUUUGAUGUUUCAGGCCUUACCACUGAGCAGAUGUUGUUAAAAGAUAUGAAGACUGUAUCAGGUGGAGAUCUAAGACUGGCUGUCAGUGUUAUCUACAUGACCCUCGAGGAUUUCCUGCAACGUAAGAGCCUACAGCAGGAGCUUUGUGAAUUCUGUCAUAAGCAUAACUACAAUCUGGUUGUGGCCAUGACCAUCUCUUUCAUCGACAAUAAGGAGCCUUUCAGGCAGAUUGCUGUUUACAGCUCCAACACACGCAACAGGGAUGAGGUAAUCAAAGCACUUGAAAAAGCCAGGAACCCCCAUCUGAAUCUCAGUCCCAUGAGCAGUCCAUAUACAGACAUGAAGGCCUACGUUCAGGGCAACACUUUGGCCUCACGCAAGAAGGUGUUACCCAUCGUUUCAGACUUCCUUAAAGAAAAAGAGAGGAAAAUGGAACACCUGGAGGAGCUGGAGCUGGAGGAUGAGGCCACACAAGAGCAGGGGGACUCUCAGCAGUGCUGUGAGGACAAUAUGAUGGAAGAGGACUCUGGUGUCCCUCCAACUCCCAUGAACAGUCUGGUCGAAGGCUGUCCUUUAGACAAUGGUCUACCCAAAAUCAACGCAGACGUGCUGGUGGAAAAAGUCAGCAAGAUAAUCAGUGAGGAGGACGAUGAUGGGCCAUGAUGCUACAGUAGUUUUGUUGUUGAAUCUCAGCUUCUGAGGUCAGAAGUUGGCUGUUGGAGAAAACUGGUUCUUCUUGUUCAAAUGUGCACAAGUAUACAGCUAGCACAGGGCAGGAAACAUGAAACUGCUCUUUUCUGUCCGAGGUUCAUUGGAAAAGCACACGUUCCUGGUGUCUUAAAUUGUGGUACUCAGUUUAAUAAGUUUAAAUGAAGAAGUGACGUUCAGCAUUUGGACAUAAUUAUCAUGGAUAAUUAUUUAAAUGAUAUUGUUUCUGUAAUCAUUUUUGUUUAUAUUAUUUUAGUCCAGCUGCUCAUGCCAUGGGUUCUUCAGCACAAUCUGUUCAGCAGAUUGAUUAAAAAGCAUUUUACUCAGGUAAUAGUUUCAUUAUUACUGAUGGUAUUUCAUCAUGUAAAGUUUAUCUAAAGGCUGCCUACAUAUAUACCUUCAAAAAUAACUUGGUUUUAAAAGAAUUUGGCUAUUAUUCGUUCUAUUAUUUUUUUUAUUUUUAGUAUUAUUUGCUGACUUGGCAUUAAUAAACAAUCCUGAAGGGACGUAUUGGGCACAUUAGGUUAAAAUUUUAAUCUUAAAGAAACAUCCUUGAAUACCAUUCAGUGUGUUUCUUAUAUUUGCAGUUUUGGUUUUAUAGAAGGACAUGACAUUUGUUUUUAAUGAGGUUAAAAUCAGUCUUAGAGAAGUGCUGUUAUGCGUUACACUCGCACUUAGAUUUCAGUGCAUGAAUUAUAUUGCUUAUUGCUUACUCAGAUAUGUUGAAAAUCAAUACUAGAUAUUCUGCCUCCACAAAAUAUCAUUAGGAAGCAUUUGUGUCUUAAGCUAUGCCCCGAUUCAGGUCAGGCGUUAGUCACGUCUAUAAUAGUGUAUCAAGAGACAUUAUCUAUUUUAAUUUGAUCUAACUGAAUUGCAGCUCAACUGCUCACAUGCAAAGACCUCUGCAGAGAAAUUUGUGCUAAAGCCCAAAGAGUAUUAAUGCAAGAUUCAGCAUGUUCAGUGUUCAAUUCAGCAAAGUUAAUUUGUGCAUAUAUGUCAUCUGAAUAAUUAGAUUUUAUACAUUUCAUUUAAGUGGUAAUGCAAAAAUAAGGUACGCUGUGCAGGAAUGAUUUGCGUGUGUGUGUGUGUGUGUGUUGUGUGUGUUGUGUUGUGUUGUUUUCUUUUACAGUUUAAUUGAAAAGCAUUUGUUUUUGUUUUUUUAUUGUUAAAUUUAAGUGUUUAAUUAUUAACCAGUAUUUUCAGCAUGCCAAGUGAUGUAUUUAUUCUGGUAUAAUUAAAUGACAAUUAUUCUGCUGUUUAUUGCUUAUGAUGCAUCACAGGUAUUCCGGCAGCUUUAGGAUAAACAACAUUUAAUUUGUAUAUUUCAUUAGAAUUUUGAAGGAUCCAACCUUAAUUGCAAGGAACAUGUUGACACGGCACAUUAUUGAGAGCCGUUUUUUCAUUUUGUAGAAGUAGGAGUGGCGCUAUCACCAGGAUAAAUAUAAUGCAAUCACUGUGAAAAAUUCUCUUUUUUUUUUUUUUUUUUUUUUUUUUUUAAAAGUAAAGAACUAUAUAAAAGAAGGUAACAUGUAAAUUACAGUUAGAUGUUUUGUUCUACAGAGUGUGUGUCAGGUUCUGUAUGUAUUCUGUGAUUUAUGGGGUUGUUAUUUAAAUGAAUGGGGAAGAAUAGUUGCAUUCAUGUUAUUAGAUACACUUAUAGUUUAAUUUCACGUACAGUUGUACUUUUAUGCAGUUAUCCAGUCAGCCAAUCAUGUGGCAGCAGCACAAAAAAUCAUGCAGACACAGAUCGAGACCUUCAGUUAAUGUUCACAUAAAAAAGUGAUUGUGAUUGACCAGAUGGUUUGAGUACUUCAGAAUCCGUUGAACUCCUGGGCAUUUCCCAAACUAUCAGCAGUCUCUAGAAGUGGAAAAAAAUGGUGUGAAAAACAUUUAGGGAGUGACAGUUCUGUGGAGAGAAACACACUGUUGAUAAAAGGAAAAUUUCUGGAUGGCAAAAAUUAUAUAGUAACUCAAAUAAGCAGUCUUUUCUGUGCUGUGAGCAGAAAGGCAUCGUAGCUUUCAGACAUCUAAACUUGAGGUGGAUGAGCUACAAAACAAAACAGACUCAUCCAGACUUGAAGAUUUUAAAAAAAUCUAUUUUUCCAGUCUUUAGCUGUCCAGUUUGGGUGAGUCUCUGUCCAUGAUUUUCCAAAUUAUUCUGUGCCACAGUUAAAAUCAGAUGACAUCCUUUUUUUUUUUUAAGUUCAGAUUUUUAUUAUGAAUUAGAAUUGAAUCUUUUGACAUGCAUCUGCAUGUAAUACUUAGUGUGCUGCUGAUGAUUUGAUAGCUGCAUGAAUGAGCACGUGUACUGUUGUUCCUAAUAAAGUGGAUAGUGAGUGUAUGUUUUCCUGGAAGCUGGACAAUCAUGCACGAGUGUGUUAAGGUUUCACCUGCCUAUUAAUUUUAAUGCCUUUCUUAAUUCACGGUUCUUUAGUGUAAUAAAUAAAUAAAACAAUUGUGUUUUGCACAUAUGAA